AUGCAGAUCUGCCAUGAGGAAUUGGCUCAGCUGCCGCAGGAGCUUCAUCAAUGGAGUUGCAAGAGCAAAGGAGAAGUGAGGACAGGAGCCAUUCAACCGCUUCGUGGUAUCAAGUACAUGGACGAAGCCUAUGAUUCCAUUGUGGAUGUCUUUGCGAGUCACAGUGGCUUCGUGGACUUUGACGACAACGUUUUCAUCUCGCGCACACUACAGGACAACUGCCUUUUCAAGGUUUGCCCAAAUCGAGACAAAGAAGAUGAUGCUGACGAUGGAUCGGUGAUUCAGUUCUUCAACAUCUUUGAUUGGGUGGCAGGAGAUAGCCGUCGCCUCAACGAAGCCUUUGACGAACGUUUCUGGCCGCGGCUCUGCUGUGGUCCUGGAUAUGACAAGGAGCCACACUUAGAGGAACUGCCUCACAUCCCGGACCACUGCAUUGCAGAGGAUGCGGACCGCCUCAUAGGCAAAAUUUUGGCCUGGAUGGAUGCGAAAGAGAACUCGAUCAAUCACAGCUUGCCGCGGCCCUCGCAGCCCUUGGGUCCUGCGAAGCUUUUUGAAAAGUUCUUUCAAAUUCCGAAAGUGGCGUCUUUUGCGGGGAUCAAGAAACAGGACCUGCAGACCAUGUCCACCACGCAGCUCCACCGAAAGCUGCGUAAAGUGGGUUGGCGCUUCUCCACACAUCUUGCAGCUCCUGAGCUGGUGCCUGCGCCGAGCAGAUCUGUGCUGAACUUCUUCACCGACAGUCAGUUGAGCCUGAAUCGUCAUACCUUCAUGGUGCAGGUGGGUCAUCAGAUUGGCAAAGAUCGCGACUCGCGCAUCUUGUGCCGCUUGCGCAUGGACCUGCCGAAGAACUUCUUGGAACCCAUGCGGAAGAUCUUGUUGGAUUGCCGCCAGAAUCUUGUCGACCAAGAUGAAGAGCAAAUACAGGUGCAGGGGACCGGGGCCAAAACGACCUUCCUUGAUCGACUGACUCAUGGUGGAGGAGUGAUGGGACAAACCACCCGCAAUUUGCAAAACAUCGUGGAGCGGCUCAGAAGAGUGGAGGCUGGUACUUCCAACUACUUCAUGGUGAAGUUCAAGCAACCAGGCGUUGUGGUGUGGGCGGCUCCAGAUCAUCAGAAGGCUUGGGAUCGACCUGGCACCCUGCUCUUCGCUGUGAAGUUGCUUCACCAGCCAGAUGUGGUGGUGCCUGUGGUGGUACCCAGCUUUGAUCUCCGAUACCCGCAGGAGAACUCGUGGAAAGUGCAGAAGACCAGUCAGAUGAGGUUUCACGAUGCAGAAAGGCGAAUCGCGUGGGCGCUGGAGAAGGAGCGAGAAGCAAAGGACACCGAGAGCAUUCGACGAAGCCCCGCAGCCCCGGACCUGGAAGACACAGAGGCUGUACUAGAAGAGUUGGACGACAACCGGGAUAUGGCGUCCUUCAACCGCGGCAGCCAUGGACGAAUGGCCACAAGUGCCGAUGCCUUUGUCUGUCGUUUGAAGCGCAAAGCUGGUGCUUUGCCAUUCGAUCGAGAACAAAGCUCUGACUGGUACAGACUCGUCCUUGGCGAGAGCUUUCCAGAGGUGAUCGACUUACAAAGCAAUGACGACCAGGUGGUGAAGGAGUUCUUCUUCUCAAAGUUCAUGAACCUGCAACGGACCUUGGCUUUGCCACACGAGUCGGGCGAGACGAUCUUGAAGGGCCACGUGAAUGUCCAAAAGGUUCCUGAUGGAAAGGAUGAUCAAGGACAACUUGAGUGCAACGAUUUCGCAGUAGAGAAUCUGUGGACCGCCAGCACUUUCUUUGUUGCCCUGACGCUGUGUACCUUCACCAAGCUGGAUCACAACGUAGAUUGUUCAGAGAUCUACUUCAAGAUUCAGCUGGGCUCCGAUGAGCAGCGAACACCAGUGGUUGGAUCCAGCAUGCCACAGAAUAAGAUCAUCAGUGUUUACCAUUGCGUGACCUUCGAGACCCACGUGCCUGGCUCACAUGAGUUGAACGUGCAGGUCUUUGCAAAGGGAGCCAUGGGUUUCAGCGACAGCCUCAUUGGGGAAUGCAAGUUUGACCUGGAGGAUCGGUGCCUCGCCAUGAAGUGGAAAGAGUUUCGCUGCGGCACCAACGAGCAGUUCUUGAGGGAUCACUUGUCUCCGAAGUCUGUGGGUCGCUUUCAGCCCAUCUGCAGCACUGAAUUGGCCGGGCCAAACUUGCCCUGGAAAGCGCCGCAGAAGCUGAGCGAAGUGGCCGAUGGACGUGGUUUGGAAGUAAGGCCUUCGCGCUCACCUGGGGCAAGACUUCCUCUGGAAAGCAAAGUCAUCUGCAUGAAGGACACCGAAAUGAAUGUCGACUCCAGGGUUGGCUUGCUUCGAUGUGUCCUGGAGAUGCAUCCACAGAGCAUGCCAGAACAGCCGCGUUCGCUGCGACUUCAGAACUUUGAGAUUCGCGUAUCCAUCAUGAAUGUUGACAACAUCAAAGUCUACAAAGACUUCGGGCAACGCAACGACUUGUUCGUUCAGAUGAAGUACAGGAGCAUCAGCCUCGAUGGGAUGGAGACGAAGCGGGCUGAGAAAACGGACAUCCACGGCUGGGCGCAUGACACUGCCAGCUUCAAUCAGCGCUUCUUGUUUCCACUGAUGGCACCGGCGGUGAAGUGUGGCAUCGAGUUCACCUUGAUGGACUUUGACCGGGGAGUGAGUUCUGCUGAUUUGGUCUACUAUCCACAGACCUUCUCUUUGGAUCGUUUAGUGGAGAUGGCUUACGAGGAUUGGAGUCAUGGCAGGGAUCCUGUCGGCACCGUCGCUGGCAAUGUGGUCUUCGACUCAUGGCCGUCCACGACCGGCUUUGGGCCGUGGAAAUGGGGCAGAAUGAAACUUCAUCAAACGGACGUUUUUGCGGAGACAACUCUUCAGACGGACAUGUCGGACAUGACUGGAGUACGAGAGUUCGAGGAGCCAGUGAAGAGCAUGAAAACCAAGAAACCGUCGAUGCUGGAGUUCAUGGGCCUUGCAGGCAAUUUCGGACAUCUCAACCUGUCGGAUCCUUUUGAUGUCAAGAAGCGACGAUCCACCUACAUCACGGAGAUCCGUGCAGGGAUUACCACUUUCCUGGCCAUGGCCUACAUUCUUCCAGUGAACAGUGGCAUGUUGAGCUUGGUGAUCCCCGGCAAGCGUGAAGAACUUGUUUGUGCCACAGCGCUUGCAGCCUUCUGUGGUUGCUGGUUGAUGGGCAUCUUGUCCAACUACCCUUUCAUGCUUGCACCAGGAAUGGGAACGAAUGCGUUCUUCACCUUCACCAUCUGCUUGGGACGAGGCUUACCAUACGAGGCAGCCUUUGCAGCGGUCUUUGUGGCUGGCUGCAUCUUCAUCCUCUUGAGCAUCACCGGAUUGCGGACACUAAUGAUUCGCCUCUUCCCGGAAGGUGUCAAGGAGAGUAUUGGUGCUGGUGUUGGCCUUUUUCUGUGCUUCAUCGCAUUCCAAAGCUCCGAAGGUAUGGGUCUUUCCGUGGCAGAUCCUGCAACUCUGGUGACCUUGAACUCAUUGAGCCCCAGCAACUACGACUCGGCCAAGCUGUGGCUCAGCAUUGCAGUGCUCUGCGUCACUGCUACGCUAUUCGCAGCGAAAGUUCCUGGGGCUCCAUUGAUGGGUAUCCUCUUUGGCACGGCCAUCUGCUGGAUUGAGGGCUUUUGCCGCGGCCCUGAGCAUUCAGUCUUCGGCUAUCCCUUUGGCACUGAUGGGGACAGGUCCGCGAAGGACUUCCACAUCUAUGUCCCUACAAGUAUUGUCGCCGCUCCGUCUUUGACUGGUCUCUCUGGUUCGCUUUGGAACGGUUUUCAUGCAGCAGUCGACCCCGCCACGGCCGCCACAUUCUGGACUGCUGUGGCAACAUUCUGCUACACCGAUUUGCUGGACUCAUCAGGCACCUUCUUUGCGGUGGCGAAGGUGGCAGGAUUAACCGAUAAGCGCGGCAACUUGCCCUUGGCCCGGCAGAACAUGGCGUACCUGGCCGACGCCAUCGCAGCGCUCAUCGGCUCCAUGUUGGGUGUCUCCACCGUGGCCACCUUUGCCGAAUCCACCGCGGGAGUGGCCGAUGGCGCCAAGACAGGCUUGGCGUCCCUGAUCACGGGCACGUGCUUCCUGCUGGCCAUUCCCAUUGCACCGGUGGUCUCAGCCGUGCCGCCCUUGGCGUCUGGACCCAUCUUGUGCCUACUGGGUGCGCUGAUGUGCAGUUCGGUGAGGGGCAUUGAUUGGGAUGACUACCCGGAGGCAAUGCCAGCCUUCGUUGCUAUGGUGACCAUGCCCUUCACUUUCAGCAUUGGCUACGGCAUCAUCGCAGGUCUUCUCCUGUGGAUUGCUAUUCAGCUCUUGUUGGCUCCCCUUCGCCUUUGGAGAAAAGAGGACCCUUUGAUGCGCUGCAAGGCUUUGUGGGCUGGAGUCUUUGUGGAGGGCAUCGAGGAAGGUGACACGCCACUCAGUGACAAGGACACCGAUCUUCCCUCUGAGCCAGUGAAGAGCAUGAAAACCAAGAAACCGUCGAUGCUGGAGUUCAUGGGCCUUGCAGGCAAUUUCGGACAUCUCAACCUGUCGGAUCCUUUUGAUGUCAAGAAGCGACGAUCCACCUACAUCACGGAGAUCCGUGCAGGGAUUACCACUUUCCUGGCCAUGGCCUACAUUCUUCCAGUGAACAGUGGCAUGUUGAGCUUGGUGAUCCCCGGCAAGCGUGAAGAACUUGUUUGUGCCACAGCGCUUGCAGCAUUCUGUGGUUGCUGGUUGAUGGGCAUCUUGUCCAACUACCCUUUCAUGCUUGCACCAGGAAUGGGAACGAAUGCGUUCUUCACCUUCACCAUCUGCUUGGGACGAGGCUUACCAUACGAGGCAGCCUUUGCAGCGGUCUUUGUGGCUGGCUGCAUCUUCAUCCUCUUGAGCAUCACCGGAUUGCGGACACUGAUGAUUCGCCUCUUCCCGGAAGGUGUCAAGGAGAGUAUUGGUGCUGGUGUUGGCCUUUAUCUGUGCUUCAUCGCAUUCCAAAGCUCCGAAGGCAUGGGUCUUUCCGUUGCAGAUCCUGAAACUCUGGUGACCUUGAACUCAUUGAGCCCCAGCAACUACGACUCGGCCAAGCUGUGGCUCAGCAUUGCAGUGCUCUGCGUCACUGCUACGCUAUUCGCAGCGAAAGUUCCUGGGGCUCCAUUGAUGGGUAUCCUCUUUGGCACGGCCAUCUGCUGGAUUGAGGGCUUUUGCCGCGGCCCUGAGCAUUCAGUCUUCGGCUAUCCCUUUGGCACUGAUGGGGACAGGUCCGCGAAGGACUUCCACAUCUAUGUCCCUACAAGUAUUGUCGCCGCUCCGUCUUUGACUGGUCUCUCUGGUUCGCUUUGGAACGGUUUUCAUGCAGCAGUCGACCCCGCCACGGCCGCCACAUUCUGGACUGCUGUGGCAACAUUCUGCUACACCGAUUUGCUGGACUCAUCAGGCACCUUCUUUGCGGUGGCGAAGGUGGCAGGAUUAACCGAUAAGCGCGGCAACUUGCCCUUGGCCCGGCAGAACAUGGCGUACCUGGCCGACGCCAUCGCAGCGCUCAUCGGCUCCAUGUUGGGUGUCUCCACCGUGGCCACCUUUGCCGAAUCCACCGCGGGAGUGGCCGAUGGCGCCAAGACAGGCUUGGCGUCCCUGAUCACGGGCACGUGCUUCCUGCUGGCCAUUCCCAUUGCACCGGUGGUCUCAGCCGUGCCGCCCUUGGCGUCUGGACCCAUCUUGUGCCUACUGGGUGCGCUGAUGUGCAGUUCGGUGAGGGGCAUUGAUUGGGAUGACUACCAGGAGGCAAUGCCAGCCUUCGUUGCUAUGGUGACCAUGCCCUUCACUUUCAGCAUUGGCUACGGCAUCAUCGCCGGUCUUCUCCUGUGGAUUGCUAUUCAGCUCUUGUUGGCUCCCCUUCGCCUUUGGAGAAAAGAGGACCCUUUGAUGCGCUGCAAGGCUUUGUGGGCUGGAGUCUUUGUGGAGGGCAUCGAGGAAGGUGACACGCCACUCAGUGACAAGGACACCGAUCUUCCCUCUGAGAGCUCCCUCCCCCAUCAGCUCCCAUGA